UCUGUCUCAGUUCAGAUGCGUUGACGUAAGAGCGCUCUGGAGCAGGGUUGAAACAAACCACACGAGUUAAAUCAAUCUGGUUUAUUCAGGCACUGCUCAGUGAUACACAGAGAGAGCAGGGUUUAUAUACAUCAGAAGCUUGCGUGACAAGAUAAGUAAGGGGCUCGGGGGCACAAGGUCAACUCGCCAGAUAAGGAGUCGUUUUUAUUAUACAUGAAAGAGCAGACCAUACACCCCCUAGAACAGGAGGAACCAGGAAUGUGGUUUCAGCGAAACUAGAAGGUACAGAGAAAAUAAAAGAGUAUGUUCUCGCGAUUAUGCACGUUUACCAGGGUGUGAAAGGGUCAUAAAGCUCAGGACAGCUAUGCACGAGAACACACACAAUCUUACAAUCCCCUCUUUUAUACUUUGUUUACAGAGUAUAACUACAGUUUAGACUCUAACGUAUUGACAGACAUAACAAGACUGAUUAGUAUGUUGUUUAGCAGUCCAAUUGGCAAAUCGCCAAAAAACGUUGUCCUCGUGGCUGGCUUGAGCGGGAUUCCCUGCUCCAAGCGCUAAGACCAAUACCAGAAGGAAAGUCAUACUGGUCACUGACUUUGUUCUUUCUGUGUCCACAGGAUGUAGAUAGUUGGAGGUAGCCCAGGCUCACGUGUCUUCCAGAUUCCUCAGUUCAGAAGUCUGCGGGACGCACCGACCAUCCCCUCUUUGUAGAUCAGCCGAAACCGGAUCACUCCAGAUGCUGGGGAGAGGAUCCCUGAAAAGGCCGUCAGCUAUUGUCACAGCAACUUUCUGAAACACAAAAACCUGUUAAGCAUCAACAAUAUAGAUUUCUAUUACAUUGGAGCCUUCUUUAUUCGACUGGCAUGAAUCCACUGUGGAAAAAGGGGUGUGUGUACUGAUCCAUCAUGAUGAUGGUGAAGAAGAAAAAGGAAAAAGGAGUCUCAGAAUUUCAGCUCAUCUUAUUGGGAGAGGAGUGGACCGGAAAGAGCUCGGCUGGAAACACCAUCCUGGGACGAGCUGAAUUUAAAAUUGAUAGUGAUACAGAGCAUGUAAUGCAGAGCUCUGGGGUCAUUGAGGGUAGAUAUGUGACUGUGGUAGACACUCCCGGAUGGAAUUCAGAAUGUUCCCCAGAUGUGCCACUCAAAAUGCUGAAGAAAGGACAUACCUCUGUAUCGUUGAUGUGUCAAGGGUUCCACAUUCUGCUUCUGACUAUCCCCAUUUCCCAAGACCAAGAGUGGAACCAGAAGGUUGCGCAUAGGCUAUCCAAUGCGCUCAGGCUUUUCAAUGAUGAUAUCUGGAAACACACCAUGCUUCUAUUCACCAGAUCUGACCUUCUGCAUUCCACAGGAUUGGAGGGAUACCUGAAAGGUAGUGGGCAGCCCUUCCAGAGCUUGGUGCAGAAGUGUGAGGGCAGGUACCAUGUGCUCAACAACUACAGAUUGAAUGAUCACAAGCAAGUCAGAGAGCUGCUAGAAAAGAUUGAGCAGAUGGUGCAAGAAAACAGUGGUCAAUCACUGCAGUUGGUCACAAAUGAACAGAAAAUGGCCAAGUUGAGAGUGCAUGAGAUGGAUACACUGAGAGACAACAGGAUGUUGGUGGAAAGAUUCUCCAAGAUGGAGAAAUACACAGACGGGGAAAUCUGCUUCAGGUUAGAAGACUACAUGUUUAAAUCUCUGAGGCCACAGGACAAUGACACACCAAAUCCUACUGAGCAUACUGAUGGUGAUAAGGAAAACAGUGAUGUAGGUCCAACUGUAAAGAAUACCUGUACAGAGGUGGAGGACACAGGCAUGAAUCGAAUUGCUGGAGAUGAAGAAAAGAACAAAAAACAUUUACAGCAUUAUACAGUGCAAAGGAACACUCCUCAAACCUCAGACAACUCGUGUGACUUGAGCAUUAUUUGUUCCUUUCAUAGCGAUGUCUCCAAUCAUCAACACAGUGUCAUGAUGACUUGUGUUCUUCAGAUUUAUGUCUGCUGGAGAAACAUGAAACCAUCAUGCCAGACAGCUUGGAUCUGUUUCACAGUGUGCAAUGAUAAUAUUAACUGGUUCUUUAUCAUUGUUCUUUGCCUGUUUGUAAGCUAUUUAUGUCUGAUAUAUAAUACCUCUGAAGUAUCCAAAGAAACAGAUGAUCAGACCAUGAACACAUCAGUCUCUGGGUUUGUUGAAUGCCCACAAGAGCCAAGCAAAGAAAUCCAGGGAGCUUUUCACUCACUGUGGUGGGAGAUUGACAACAACAGAUCUAAGAGUUUGGAUGAAGAGAGAACCCAAUGCAACAAAAUGGAGGAUGAUGAAAAAAAUCCCACAACACAGCACAGAAGGUAAUGAUGAAGAGAAGAAGAAAGGUGAAGAU